UAAUUGUUUGUCUUCCAACUAUAGUUUGAAAUGACAGAUUCAAGUGAGGAAGUUGUUGAAGUUGUUAAUGUUGAAGAAAAUGACAAAAGCAAUUUUGAUCCAAACUCUGAAUUUGAAAGACCAGGUUGCAGUGGUGAAGUUGAAAGCAAUACAGUUCAAAACUCUAUAUUUGAAAGACCAGGUUGCAGUGGUGAAGUUGAAAGCAAUACAGUACAAAACUUUACAGUUUCUUGUGAAGGGAUUAUAGAAGUCAGAAAGGAAACUGAAAAACAGAUUAAAGAAAUCAUAAGUCUCAAUCAGAUGGACUGUUUAAGUAAAUCAAAAAAUCUAUUAUGUGAAACUUCAAAAAUACCUGAGUCCCAACUUGAUUUAUCUUAAAUUCAUUUUCCAUCAAAGUUUAUAUCACGAGGGCGUCCUAAGUCAAAAGGGAAAAAAAAUGCUGUUGGACUGCGUAAAGUUUCGAAGAUCUGUUUGCCUUUUGAACAGA